UCCGCUCAUGUCUUUUCUGUCUGUGUUUGUGUGUUUCUUAAAAAUAAGUGAAGUAGUUUCACUUCCCUCUCUAUUAAUACACUUUCUCUCUCUCUCUUGGGCGUCUCUGUCACAUUUAGCAGUUUAUUUUAAAGAUGCUUCCAGGAAACAUUCAAACUCAUCCGAACACUUCAGAAGAGCUUCAGAAGAACUGAAUCUACUGACAACAGAGAAGAUCAUUUAAUAAGAGAGAAGGAUGAGGAUCAUCUUGACUUUCACUCUGCUGAUGAUUUCUGGUGUCGUGAGCUCCAUGAAUGUGACAGGAUAUUCAGGAGGAGGAGUCACAAUCACAUGCAAAUAUAAGACAAAAUAUGAGCAAAAUGAAAAGUCUUUUUGUCGAGGUGAUCAGAGCUCCACAUGCUCUGAGAUUAAAGUUAAUUCUGGAAGAUUCUCUCUGUAUGACGACACAAGUUCAGCAGUCUUAAAAGUGACCAUCAGAGAUCUGAGUGAAGAGGAUUCUGGGAUGUACUACUGUACAUUUGGUAAAACUAGAGGAAAAGAUUCCUACACUGAAGUGAAUCUGAAGGUUAUAAGAGAUCAACAAAACAGGACUGUGAGAGGAUAUUCAGGAGGAAACGUCAUUAUAAACUUCAAAUAUAAGAUGAAACACAAGAAAUAUGUGCGAGUCUGUAAAAAUGCAGCAGAUCAAUGUUUGACUGUAAUGAACACUAACAGAACAGCAGAACAGAAACAUGACGGACGAUUCUCUGUUUAUAAUAACAGAUCUGCAGAUCUCUUACGUGUGUUUAUCAGAGAGCUGAAUGUGGAUGAUUCUGGAGAAUAUAAGAUUAUAGUUAAAGUCUCUGAACAAUACAGUGUCUUCUCUAAAUUUGAUCUGGACAUCAGAGACGAUGAUUGUUGUGUGAAGAGCAUCAGUCUAUCAGCUGCUGCAGGAGGAUCUGUGAACAUCAGCUGCAAAUACCCACAAUCCCACAGAAAAGAUGUGAAGUUUCUCUGCUGGAGAUCUGGAGAUGAUCUCUGUGCUGAAGAGUUGUCUGUGACAAAGAAAAGUAAAUGGAUUAAUAAGGGAAAGAUCAAGCUGUAUGAUGACAGAGAAGAGCAGCUCCUGACGGGAAGCAUCAGUCAUGUGACUGAACAAGAUUCAGAAUACUGGUGUGGAGUGGUGUGA